AUGGAAGAAAGUUCCUCCACUAUUUCGUUCCACCAUUCUAAUCUAUAUAGCUACCUUUUGACAACAGAUCAAAUCAUAUCAUACACAGCUCCGAUCAUGUUUCGUGCACCAAUGUCCACCACCGCCGCAUUUCAAGCCCAGCAUUCCGCAACACCACCACCACCAAUGUAUGCUCCGCCGCCGCCAUCACAACCAUAUCAACAGCCCAAUGCACUUCUUUCCUCCGUCCUCCCAUACGGUGGCGCACCACCAGCUCCUCCAUAUCCCUCCACCGCCACCGCCUACUCUGCUGCACCGUACACCGCGUGCCCCCCACCCCCAAGUUCAGUACAACCAUCUCCAUCUCCUUACCCAACAUACCCUACUCAGGCAUCUGCAACCCCAUCUCCUCCAUACUCAAUGUUCGCUCCUAAUUCAGCAACCCAAUCUCUUUACCCCAAUUACCCUCCUAAUAAUAAUAAUAAUAAUAAUAAUACAGCAGUGACAUAUCCACCAUCAUCCACACCCUACCCUCAUGCUCCACCACCACCUGCCCGUCCUCCCCAGCCUUUUGCCCCCGCAGCCUACCCUGCUCCACCAUACCCACCGCUGCCGCCCCACCAAGCCUCAAACUGUUACCCACCAGGUGCAGGAGUGUGGCCACCACCUCCAUACUAAAGAUCUUCAGGACCAGAAUAUUAACAUAGAUCUGAGUAAGAGUUGUUCAAGUGGAGAAAAAUGCUGCAACCAAGACUUCCUCAGACAAUUCAUCUUUGAGCUUUAUCUCCUUUUGUAUUAAAAUUACUUUGUGAUUUAUAUAUAUCAAAAAAAAAAAAAUUAAAUCAGCUCUUUA